UCUCACUUUCGUCCGAGCGAUGGCCACAGUCACAAGUGAAUUCCCCAGCAAACCGAUAAGUUAUACGAAUACCAAUACCAAUACUUCCACAAAAACCUAUUGCCUGAGGUCAGUGAAAAGGCGGGUGACCACGUGUUUGCAGCAGUUGCGCGAAAAACUUCCGGCAACCGGAUCAUUUCGCAAGAGUUCCACCAGCCGUUUUCACAGGUUUUUCAUAAAGUCAGAUUUUUCCGACUUUAGUGAAAAGCUGCAGAAGAUCUUUAAAUCGGCGCGAAAAUCUGAAUCGCCAGAGUUGCGGAGAGUUCCAUUGAGCACCCAUGACCAGCAGACCAGCGGGCAGAGCAGCCAGCAGUUGCAAAUCGUAGCCAGACUUUUCUCAUCCACAUUGAUUUCCACCAAAGAAAUCACCUUUAACAACCACACUAAAAAUAGCUUUAGCUAUAAGUGCAGGAAAAGCGAGGGUUACAGCAGCAAUAUGACCAUCAUCGAGGGCAACUAUAUAGACGUGCGCGAGGAGAAUCCCGAUAUUGAUGCCGAAGUGCGCGCCAUAUUGCUUACCCACGCCCAGAAUGGAAUCACGAUAUCGAGCAUCAAGAGUGAAUAUCGCAAACUGACGGGCAAUCCCUUUCCACUGCACGACAACGUGACGGACUUCCUGCUGACCAUUCCCAAUGUGACCGCCGAGUGCAGCGAGACUGGCAAACGGAUCUUCAACUUGAAAGCAAACCUGAAGAACCGACACCUUCUCGACAUGGUGCUCAACCAGAAGCAGAAGCCCAGCGACAACAGCAGCGAAGCUCCAACGGUGGAGGAUAAAUCCCGUGUACCGCCGCGCUACUGGAAGAAUCCCUACAAGCGUCGUGCACUUUCCCAGCUAGACAACAACCUAAACACCGUUCACAAGCUAACGGAUGACCAGGCCAAGGCAAUGUCCAUGCAUACCAGAGCGGCUCCACUGCAGCAAUUGGCCAAGGUGGCAGCGGAGUCGAACUGGUGCUACCAGGACAAUUGGAAGCAUCUCAACAAUUUCUACCAGCAAUCCAGCGUAAACGAGCCCCAGAGGCCUGUUCCCAUUAACAUCUACACCGAUGCCUUGGAGGAUUUGCCAAUUCAGUUGGAUAAUCCCGAGCAUCACCCAAACUGCAAAAACAACAACCAAAAUAUCAAACAAAACGUUAACCAGCAUCUGGGAAAUUUUGUUAACCCAUUAAACGAUGUUAACCCAUUUAAAAGACGCCAAGAUAUAACGCCCACACCAACAAUUUUUACCAGUGGAGGUUCUAGCAAUAAUUCCCUGAUGACCAUCAAUUCGGAUUACGAUGCCUUUCUACUGGACUUUCCCCUGAUGGGCGAUGAUUUUAUGUUAUAUCUCGCCCGCAUGGAGUUGAAAUGUAGAUUCAAGAGGCACGAACGUGUCCUUCAGUCAGGACUUUGUGCAUCUGGACAGACGAUAAAUGGUGCCCGAAAUCGGUUGAGGAAAGUCCAACUUCCCGAGGGCACACAGAUUAUUGUUAAUAUAGGAUCGGUUGAUAUAAUGAAAGGAAAACCUUUAGUUCAGAUAGAACACGAUUUCCGAUUGCUGAUCAAGGAGAUGCAUAAUCAGAGAUAUAUACCGAUCCUUACAAAUCUAGCACCUUUGGCCAACUAUUGCCAUGAUAAGGUUUUGUGUGAUAAGAUCACGCGAUUUAAUAAGUUUAUAGCAAGUGAAGGCAGGCACCUGAAGGUCAUUAAUAUACACUCCUGUUUGAUCAACGAAAGGGGCAUCGUAAGAUUUGAUUGUUUUCAAAGUUCACCACGUCAAGUAACCGGUUCCCAGGAACCUUAUCUAUUCUGGAACAAAAUCGGGCGGCAACGCGUCCUGCAAGUUAUUGAAUCGAGUUUGGAGUACUAAGUCGGGUGAUUGAUCGUGAUAUAUAUACAUAUAUAUAAUGACUGGGCUGGCUCCUGAAGAUUUUACGAUUUACGCUGAUGGCUUGCUGUUUUUACGGAAUUCGCUUCAUUUUAAUAUGUUUUAUGUUUAUAUUGUCCAAUUGUCUUUGUUAAAAUUUAUGUUCGUGCACCUGUCUUGUCUUAGUGUAAUUGUAUUUGUUUAAUUGUAUAAAUGUGAGUGUAUUUGUGUUCUUUGUUAGCUUUUUAAUUUCUUUAUUUUUCACUGCUUGUUAAUUAUUUUGUAUAUUUCAUUGAUUUUCCGCACACUUUUUGCUACUAUCCCAAAAGCUGUGCUGAAAAAUCAAAUACGAAAUAAUUGCAAGUAGCUGAAAACUUUUCCUCUUAACUUUUCCGCUUUUCCCACAACCAUUUUCCCUUGGUAUCUGUGUUAUAAAUCAGAUUGCAAGGCAAAAUGGAAUUUAAAUGCAAAUCAUUGCAAAUGUUAUAAACUGUUUUUUGUUCUACAUUAUUUUUUGUGGGCCAAAAUGCUUCAUGCUCCUGUAUCGCAACCUGCCCUCAUUCUUUUUUUGGAGGCGUGGUCUAGAUACAUUUGAGCCAUGAUGUAUUUUAGCUGUAAUGAAAAUGCUUUUGCUUCUCUUGGAAAAUUCGCUUGCACAAAAUCAACGCCGCGGCUGAUUUAUUAUUAAUGUGCUAAAGCAAAUUCAAGUGAAGCAUUUGCACGAUUUUCGUCUUCCAGUUUCCGUUUAAAAAAAAGUAAGAAAAAAGUUUAUAAAAAGCUUACACCCUGCUACAGACACGCCACCGGAAGUGCGCACUAAGCGUUUGCUUGUAGCACAGUGUAGAAUUACAGCGUAAUUUACUACUCUACUCUAAACUAAACUCUUCUAGAUAGCUAUCUACUAUUUAUAAACUUCUCUAUUGUCUUGAAUGUAUGUUAAUUGUAUGAGUCGAUGGUGAUCAUGUUUUUUUGUCUGAUAACAAGCUGCAAUGUAAAAUCCAAAAAAAAAUUGAAAAAAUUAAAAAGGGAAACUAAAAA